UAUUGCAUGUUCAAAACAGACCAGAAGGAGAGAGAAUCAAUAUGUGGUUAGCUAAUGUUGAAUUUGUACUAGCAACUGUGAUAAUAGUUGUAUGCAGCCAUGAAUGUAAGGACUAUGAUCUUUCGGCAUCAGAUCAGUCUCUGGUAGAUAUGAUGAAACAUUACCUUCAUACGUCAAGGAAAGACGAAUGUCCACCGCAAAGAAAAACACUCAAUGCAGGAGUGACCUAUAUACGUUGGGGAAGGACACGCUGUCCCAAGGAAGUUGACAUAGUAUAUACAGGACAAGUCGGUGGAAAUCAAUAUUCGCACAAAGGAGGUGGUGUCAACUAUUUAUGUCUCCCUAAUGAUCCUGAGAAUGGACAGCAUCAAUCUUACGACAAUGAUCAGGUUCAUGGAGGUGAAUACCAACUUAGUUCAAAAUUUAAGCCUUCGGGAUGGUCAGAAAGUAUGGCCAACAAGGAAGUACCAUGUGCUGUAUGUUACCAGAAACAAAGAUCCGCUGUCAUCAUGAUUCCAGGUAGAAAGACUUGCUAUAAAGGAUGGAACUCAGAAUAUAAUGGUUAUUUGAUGAGUGAUCAUAAAACACAUUUCAGAAGAGACUACGCAUGUGUUGACAGAAAUGCAGAACCAUUGGACAAUAAAAAUGGAGGGGAAAACGGAGCUUUAUUUUAUCCUUUACGAACCAAAUGUGGUAGUUUGAGAUGUCCACCGUAUACCAAUGAAGCAGAUGUGCUUUGUGUCGUCUGUACAAAGUAA